AUGGAUAGUGCGGCAGGUAGCAACAAGCCAACCGGCCUGCUCGAUGCGAUCGAGCACCUAGAGGCUGUUGCUUUUGUCCCGCCCAGGCAAAGGUACACAGACGCCAGUCUGCUAGCCAAAACAAUCGCAUCAGACGCGUACGAGAGCGGCAUUCCGCAACCCAUCCUGGCCCGUCUCCUGAAGAUUUUGACCACAAAAAAUAGCCUCGACCAAGGAACAAUUACAACUCUGAUCAAAAACUUGUAUCCACUGGAGAGAAUUGCGUCCAAGAAUGUCACUCAAGUGGUGUGUUGUCUUGGGCCCAGCAAAAACAAACCGAGCCACGCCACGCAGGCCCUGCUAUUGCGCUGGUUGAUUCUUGCAUAUGAUCUUUUCGAAGAUAGGACGCAUCUUGCCAAGCUAUAUGCAGUUCUUUUCAAUCAUUUGGAUAUGAUCAGUUUGCGGAAACCGCUAUGCCACCUUCUGUCGAUUAUCACAAGACGAAGACAUGUGAAGCCAUUCCGGAUUCAAGCCUUGAUGGAGCUGAUUCAGACCGCUGGCGGCGAGGAGAAAGAACUCAUCAGCUUGCUGAGGAUUUUCAAGAACUAUUAUCCUGAGAUCAUUCUUGGUCACUUGGGCGGUUCGACAAGGAAUGCUCUUUUCUUCAAACACCCAGACCCUGAAUGGUCAAGCCAUGUGAAGGUGCUUCAAGACCGGAACUUGGAAAGAGCACAAGCGGAUCAGGGAUCGAGUUUCCAAGUAGUCCAUCGGGGCACUGUGAAAAGAAGCAGGAUUGAGGUGGUGAUCCCAACUCUACAAACUUCGCGGGUGUCUCACAAGCACACCUCGCUCGAGGAACUUCGUGAUAUUGGUCAUUUCGUGGAUAAGCUUGACAAGAUCGAGCUACCAAAUCAGAUCAUCUCAACUUUGGGCGAUGCAAUGGCGCAAAAGUAUCUCCAUCUCGUCCAAUCCGAGCUAGCACACCACCGUCUGGAUGAGUGGCUGAGGAAUUUCCUGGAAGACAAAUUAGAAACACUGCGCGAGGACGAGGACGAUGAGCCUGAGACAUUGUCAUAUGUGCUGGAGUUUUUCGGUGGCUAUGCUUCCUAUACCAAGGACAUCCCGUCGUCAAUCCGUGCCUUUUUGAAGUCCUAUCUGCAAAUAUGGAACGGUAAAGAUAACCGUGAUCAUGUCUUCCGGCUUCUCCAGUUCAUUCCGAUACAGUCACCCGAAAUCCUCAUGGCUGAUUUCUUGUUGCCAUUGGAGUCAGCUGUGCUAGACGAAGGUCUUUCUUCCAGGACAGCAUUGCUCGGUUUCUACUCAGCAUUGAUCGGUCAAUGGGGCGUGAAACUUCGAUCGCAGCAAGAUACAACAGGAGAAUCACUCUGUUUGAGCCAAGUUAUUGUUCAUGCCGAGCUUCUGGCAUCUUCGAUUCUGGAGUUUCCGGUGGAAGACGAGGACAAAACUUCCAAGCCAGCUACAGUUUCUGUGCUCGGUUUCUACAGAGCCCUCUCAGAAAUAUUUUCUCUCGCACCCCUAGACUCUCGUUUUCGACUCACCCUUCCGUAUGCGCCAACCGUAUACACACUCGCCUUCACACCCAGCGUCGCCGUGAUCUCAAGCCUCACCUCCAUUUUGGCUGUAUACAAAUCUGCAUUUGAGGCCUCUCUGCACUCUGAGGUGUUACAGGCCCAAAAUGCCCCAGCUUAUAGCACGGACCUCGUUGGUCGCUUCAACGGGUAUGUCAUGGACUUGUGUAAUGCACUAUGGCGCAACCGCGCACUCAAUACUGAAGACCCGAACGCACGCGGUUGCCUCGUUCCAGCAACGACCACCACUGCCCUGACAAACUACGUCAAGGAUGUGUCCGAAGCAGGCAAACAAUAUGACCGCGAGGGUGCAUUCCACAUUACCCUUGCAUCGAUAUUCUCCCUCAGCCACCACGCCGCAUUUUGCAACUUGUCUGCGGCCUGCUUCGUGGAUCUAGAAGACCAGCAGGUUGCAGCUCAACGUCCGAGAUUGAGAAAGCCAGUUACCCAGAAAGUGCUGCAGGCACUUGAGAAGGAUGGCAGUGCGAAGAUUACAUGGCAGGAGUAUCGCGUGCACAUGCUGGACUGGUUGGAUGCUAUCGGGUGCAGGGGUACCGGGAAUUUGAUGAGAAGCACGAUGAAGGCCUUGCGCAAAGAGUGA